AUGGCGAGCAACAAACGAGCUGAUAACUGGGUGGAUGGCCUUCGAGGCAUCGCUGCCUUGACCGUCGUGACCUACCAUCUAUGCUCGUGCUUUGCAAAUUGGCUGAACUCACCCGCUAUCGAGGAAAACGGCUCGGUCUCUCUGUUCCAAUAUCCAUUUCUUCGACUCAUAGUUGGCGGUCGCAUGGCUGUUGCGCUCUUCUUCCUGAUUACUGGAUACGUGAAUUCUUUCAGCACGAGAAAACAUAUCCGUAAUGGAGAUGCUAGUUUUGCGCUACUGAACCUGUCCAAAAACACCUUUACUCGGACUGGCAGACUUGUUGCUCCAACAAAUGCCGCCUUGCUUAUGGGAUGGGUAGUCUGCCAACUACAUGGAUAUAGAUUGGCAGCUUUAACAGACUCAUUCUGGAUUAGGGUGGGCGCAGUGCCACCAGGGCCUACAUUUGGGAGUGCAGUGGGCGGCCUUCUUCAAAAUCUAACUCUGUUCUGGCAUGGCGGCGUGGGUAUAUACGACCACACGUAUUGGACUAUUCCGUUCUUUGUGAAGGGGUCAAUGCUGGUUUACCUUACACUUUUGGGUACCACUCUCACUCAACCGCGCUAUACGAAAUUGAUCAUCGUCUUUCUGUAUCUGUUUGCCUGGUCGGGUGGUCAAGCCCUUAUGGAGUUGAAUAUAUAUGCAGGAAUGCUCUUGGCCGAGCUGAACGCCGACUACGGCUCGCGAGCAACAUCUGUGCUGUCAAGGCCCAUCUCUGCGCUCAUGAUCUUCUUCGGACUAUUUCUUGCCUCCUUUCCAGAGGAACAUGCAGAGUGGAUGCCGUGGAGUAAUGCAGUUAACUCAGUUGCGCGCCUCCUCGUCCCUAGUGGCGGCGAAAUCAACCGCUAUGUGAUAUCCGUGGGAACCGCAUUUAUCGCCUUCGGGGCCUUCUUCUCUCGAGAUGCCCGUCGCCUCCUUUCUCUACCGGUGAUGAAUUUCUUGGGUCGAAUUUCGUUCCCAAUUUAUUUGAUCCACAAUACCCUAAUUCGCACAAUUCUCUCUUGGUUGAUAUACCGAGACUCGGCCAUGAAAGAGGGAUUUCAUCCUGUGGACGACAAGGGUAAUCCAAAAUACCUAGAGCGAGGGGGCGUUUUCACCUUCGUCAUCGUUAUACCUAUGUUUUAUGCGAUACUGAUAUAUGCUUCCUAUAUGUGGACUAUAUACGUGGACCCUCCAUGUGCAAGGGCUGUUUCUUGGCUCUCACGCAAGGCCUUUGGAGAGGACGACGGCACUGGAUUGACAAAAGAAGAGAUAUGUAAGGGCACGUUGAAGACCUAG